AUGGUCUCAACGAAUCCUAGUUCCGGAAAAGCGCGUAGCGAACCUAUCACAGCCGGGCGUUUUCAGUUCAUCUCGGUGCAAGCCCCAGAUGACGCAAAAGACCCGGCGACGAGGCGUCUCGCCCGGUCGCAUGCUGUGAAGCAAGCACUUGAGAAGAAGCGAAAGCUCCAGCAGGAGUCGACGGACAAUUUUCGUGUAAUAGGCUUGAGAGAUAAACCUAGGAGGUCAGCGAGCAAGAGACCGCGCACCGGAACCUUUGGCGCAUCGCCCUUUUCCCUGUCAGCAGACCUGCUCGACCCGUUUCAGACACUUGCGGUAGACUCGUCGAGGUUGCAGGCACUGCUUAGCAACUACAAAGCUAGGCUGGCUCCUGAGCCCGUCUUCAGUGUUUGCGAGGAGCUUGCAUUCCAGAAUUUCCGGUCGGUUUUCCGAACUGGCUUGGUUGAUCCUGCUCUUCUGAAUGCUGUCAUGCUUUCACUUGCAGUGGCGGUAACCGGGGGCUCUAUCGAUCGAGAAUGUCUCGGGUACCAGGGCCAGGCAAUCAGUUAUAUUCGUGAACGGAUGAGCUCACUGGACGAGGCCACUUCGGAGUCAACUAUUGGCGCAAUCUUGCUGCUGGCCGGCGUAGAGGCUCGCCUUGGGGUGACAUCUCAGGUUCAGCUUCAUAUGGGAGCAGUGCAGCUGUUGCUCAAUAUUUGUCUUAAAAAGGGUAUUUGUCUCACUGGUGGAAUCAAACGGGCCAUCUUCUGGCAAGACCUGAAUUCCUCAAUUUUAGCUGGAUCUAGUCGCAUAGUUGAGCACACGACCUUCGUUGAGCUCCAGUGGACGAGAGAUCCGUUUUCUCCAAGCUUCUUCCGCCUAGCACCAGGGUUCCAGGCGCGCUCUAACCUACUAACUAAGAAUUUUAUUGAAAUACUCGAAGAUAUACAGGCAUUGCGAUGUAUCCGAGACCUGCCCUGUUUCGUUAGGUGGGAUGUGGUGCGGAUGGCGUCUAUCAACAAUCACACGGCAUCUAUACAGUCGAGGCUGGUUGGCUUGCCGAAGCCCUCCCCUAUCCUAGAAUCUUGUCAUCUUGCGGCAUAUUUAUGCUCAGUCAUGCUUUGCUGCACGGUAUGGUGCGCUUUAGUAAUUCCUUCCCACAUCUCCUCACAACUACUCCGCGUACUUCAACAUGCGAACGGCGACCCCAUAUGGGAUGGGCACAGUGAUUUACUACUUUGGCUCCUGUAUAUGGGCGGGGCGUUUGCUCCACAGGGUCCUGUACGCUCUGGUUAUAUCUUGCUGCUGCGCUCAAACGGCACUGUUAAGCUAAGAGGAUUGUACACAUCAUGGGGAGAAUUGCUCCAAAUCUUGAAGCAAUUUAUCUGGUCAGAUAAAGCAUUCAAGUCGCAUGUCAAGGCGUUCUGGGCAGAAGUCUUCACCUAG